GGGAGUACAUGAGUCCACAAAACUUCUUUUCCAAAUUUUCAUUUUCUGUGAGAGGAAAACCAUAGAGUUAGAAGAAUUUUGCAGCAAUUAUUAAUCUCUCUAUUUCCACUCUAAGUUUGAUUUUCCCACAAACAAUCGCUGAUUGACAUGGAGAACUUCGAGAAAACUACUUCCCGUGCAAAUGUUUCCACUCAAUGCAGUGAUCCAUCAAAUAAUGAGAAUUUUGUGGGGUUCAAGGAGGACGUGGAACAGUUAAUUCAGAAAUUGACUGGAGGAAAAAAAGAACGGGAUGUUAUCUCGAUUGUUGGAAUGGCUGGACUAGGCAAAACGACUUUGGCUAGAAAGGUGUACAACAGUCGUUCUAUUGUUGACCACUUUGAUGUUCGAGCAUUUUGUACUAUUUCACAAACAUAUAGCGUCAGGAAGCUGUUGAUUGAGAUUCAUAAACAAGCUACGGGUGAAAAGCGCGACAUCAAAGAGGAAGAUAACGUCGCUGAUUUGUUGAGGAAGGCUCUAUUUCGCAAGAGAUACCUCAUCGUUUUGGAUGACAUAUGGAACUAUAAGGCAUGGGAAGAUUUGCAAUUAUCUUUCCCAAGUGAGGAAAGUAGUAGAAUUAUGGUAACAACCCGUGUUCAAGAGGUUGCUACGCAAAUCAGCGAUCCUUAUUUACUUCGAUUCCUAACGGCUGAAGAGAGUUGGGAAUUAUUGCAAAAGAAAGUAUUUAAGCGUGAGAGCUGUCCCCUGGAGCUACAGGAAGCAGGAUUUGAAGUUGCUCGAAACUGUAAGGGACUGCCUCUUGUGAUUGUCUUGAAUGCUGGAAUUAUCGCACAAAAGGAAAUGCGCGCCUCCGUGUGGCAAGAGUUUGCAAAGGAUUUAAGUUCCCUUGGUUUAGAAGAGCAGAGUAUGAAGGCAGUUCAAUCAAGUUAUGACUAUUUAGGGGAUCAUCUAAAGCAUUGCCUUCUUUACAUUGGAUACUUUCCAGAAGACUAUAGCAUUCCGGUGUCCGAUUUACUAAAGCUAUGGAUAGCUGAAGAGUUUGUACCGACCAUUGACCCGGAGAACCUAGAAAAGUCAUCCAAAGAUUUCUUGUGCGAUCUUGUCAGUAGAAGCCUCCUAAUGGUUUCUAAAAGGCGAUCUAAUGGUGAUAUAAAAUACUGCAUGGUUCAUGAUCUAAUUCGCGAGUUUUGCUCGAGUAAACUUAAAGAAGAAGAGUUUAAACAGCGUGUCAUGCCACACAACUCAUCCCAAUCUUCAUAUCCAAAGGAUCCUCGAUUCUGCAUGUACAUCCAUGACAAUCUUGUUAAUCAAUUGGAGCAGCAUGGAUAUUCACUGGAUGAGAUUCCAAUGGUGGGCUCUGAAGAAAAAGAGUCUCUUGAGUUCAUCGCUCAUCCGCGAUUCUAUUCAUCAAGAUGUAUGGAUUUUUUCUCAUUACUUAUUAACUUGAGGUUUAUAAGGGUGUUGCAUUUGCUGGAUGUCAAUAUGGAAAGUGCUUGGGAAUUUCAAAGCGCUACGGCUUACAAACUAGGAAAACUCACUCACUUGAAAUACCUUGCAAUUUUUGUCAGAAAAUUUGAUUUCAAGUGGGUUUCACACAUGGGCAAUCUACAAACUUUACGUGUCCAUUCCCAUCAACGGAUAAAGACAUCACCGGAUAUUUGGAAAAUGAAGAAGCUAAGGCACGUGGAUAUUAGUGAAUUUUCCUUUAUCUGGGAAGACAGUGAGCAAGAAGAAUCUUCACAAACCGUGUUAGACAACUUGAAGACUUUUGGCAAGUGUCGUGUAUCUAUGGGUGAUAUGAAUCGCAAGUUCUGGUGGAGGUUUCCGAAUCUUGAAGAACUCAAGCUCUCCAUUGUUAAUUUUCAUGGCAUGCUCAAUCAUUCUUUGUUUCCUACACCGGAAAUUCAUAACCGGCUUGAAUGUCUUGAAAUAAGUUUCCCUGUUGGAUUCUCGAGAUCAAGUGGAUGGUUUGAAUCAGUCUUCCCUUUGAAUCUCAAGGAGUUGUCCCUUGCUGGCAUCUCAUUGACAGAUGAAAUAGUUUCAAGUAUUGCAGCACUGGAAAAACUUGAGAUACUCAAGUUAUUUUUUAUACACUUUGCCGACAAUCCGCAAUGGAAUGUCACUGAUGAUCAAGAGUUCAAAGCACUGAAAUACUUGAAAUUAGAGCUAGUGGAUAUGGAUGUAUGGGAGUCCUCCGAGACAUCCUUUCCCGCUCUUGAGAAACUAGUCAUAAAAGAUUGUGAACAGCUCAAGAAGAUUCCUUCUUGCUUCACGGAGAUUGAACCACUACGCUUGAUCAAAGUGAUCAACUGUAGUGAUUCAGUUCGGAAUUCAGCUUGGAGCAUUAAAGAUUAUGUAAAAGAAAAUCAAGGAUAUGAUAGGCUCCAAGUUCAUAUUCCGAAGAAUUACUAAAGAUGGUAAGUUAUUUCGUUAUUACUAGGGGCGGAGCCAGGUAGGCGUAAGGGGGUCUUAGACCUCCCUUCGGUGGAGAAUUACACAUUAUGUACAAGGUUAUGUAUAUCUAAUAGAUGUUGAAUCCCCUAGACCUCUUUAUAUUUUGAACUUGAUCUUGAUGAACAUUCUGGUUUGCAACUGAUUAUAUUUCCAUUUUGAUAUGAAACACAAAAUUUAGUUGCUUA